UCCAUAAUAGUUUGUAUUGAUUGUCAAAUAUGUAAACUUAAAAGUAAAUCAUAAACAAUAUUUGAAAAAUUAUAAUGAUUAUAACAUUAAUAAAAAACAAAAAUCAUGAUAAACAUAUUCUCCUACAUAGGAAUGAACAUUCAGUCCGAGGUUUGCUUGUGGACGCUACUCGGACUGGUGCGGACCAUUUUCGAUGCUACACUAUUCAAAGUUAACGCUAAUCUUAAACAGGUAUGGCAGAUGACAAUGCCUCUAGAGUUAUCUCUCCCAGUACAGCGAGUGUUGCGUACAAUGAUAUCCGGGGUGAUGCUUGUUCAAUGUUUCACUGUCUACGUUUAUCUCGCCUCAUACAUUGUGCUGCUAUAUCCAGUGUUUUUGGAAGAGCGCCCAACGCUAGUAUUGCCUUGGCUACUGUUGGCUGCUAUCAGAAACUUUCUCUGUGAGUUGACCAGCUUGGCUCUGGGUCUGGGGACAUGUGUCCUACUGGGCCCCGCUAGACCGCCAUGCAUUAAGUUCGUCAUAACUAAACUUGGCUCUAUAAUGCCUUCUUUCUACAUGUGGAUGUUAAUUUUCAGUUACUAUCAUAAUCUUAAAUUGGCAACUGCUUUCAAAACGUUCGCGGUCUCAACGUCUAGUAAUCUGGAUUACGGUUUGGAAUUAGCAGUACGAAGGCGUCGGACCAAAUCGCUGCAAGACGAAGAUCAGUUGCGAAAGAAGUUGAUUGCCAGUCUCUACCAUGAUAAUAUGGAAACAAAUAAUAAAGUUGUAUCGAGCUUACAAACGGUUGAAGAAUCAACAUUGGAGGUGGAACAAAACUUUAUGAACUCCAACAACGACGAGGCUAAAUCAUCUUCAGAUGUAGCACAACCCUAUUCGGUUAUGGCCACCAGAACAAUGUCUGAUAUAGGCACAUUCGAGGACUGGUUUGGUAGCGAAGUGGUCUUACCCAGAGACGCUGAUCGCAUCCUAGAACAGUUUGUGUUGAUGUUAAUGAGGAUAGGAGCGUAUCUGAAAAAAAGCGAUGCCGAUCUAAAAAAGUUUUUGAGUGUCAACUCUCAAGUGUUCUCGUCGCCAAAAGGAAAUAAACAGGAAUGUCAAGCGAUGCCGACCGAGGAAACUGAUACACCUCCUAUAGUUGGUACCAGCAAGGGAAGGACGCAGUCUUACCUGCUCGAUUAUCCGGAUAUUUUUAUGAGAAAACCAUCUGACAUAUUGGGAGCACAUAGUAUUAAUGAAAAACUACGUGAAACAAAACAUUUUGAUGAUAAUAGUUAUAAAUCGGCGUCAUUUGCUUCAAUAACAGGAACUUCAUUAGAUAGAGUGAGUGAUUCAAGUAAAUUUAGAGACUAUCUCGAGAAGAAAAAAAAUCUUAUCCACUCCGAACCUGAAGUUUCUAUGACCAUACCAAAGAGUACUGAAAAACACAUUGAACAUUUAGAAACUUCAAGCAGUAUUUUAGGAAAUGAACCCAGUAGUUUAAAGGAAACGUCAUCAGACUGUAUGAGGGAAAUUUUAAACAAUCUCGAAGAUCGGACAGCUUUAGCCUUGGAGCAAAAAUCAAAAGAGUACUAUAAAAAGGAUUCCGGUACAUAAGUCUUGAAUAAAUCAUGCAAAAAGAGAAACUCAAAGUAUUACAAACUCUAGAAAGAGAAGAUUUUAUUAUUGGUAUUUAAAUAAAACGAUUUUUUUU